AUGGACACAAAGAACCAGAGCAACCUGCCCACCCACCUCAAGGGAAAAUUGCUUCGCCUCCGCAAACAGACCGCAGCCAACAUCUCCUACCAAGAGAUUGUUCGAAACUUCGACACCAUCAUCCGACCGCGAUUCAACCCGGAAGAACUGGUCGAUCAAACCCUCAUCAGACUUCCGGAGGGUCUACUCACCCGUUGCAACGAGCAGCUCCGGACCGCCGAGCUCAAUGAUGCACGACCAAAGAAGCGCCACGGCGUCUUCCUCUGCCUAAGCGAACCCUUUGGUUUGCUCAUCACCGAUAUGACGACGGCCGGAGAUCCCGGCGCCAGUCUGGCCGAGCUAAAACCCAAAUGGCUCAAUCAGUCGCCGUCCGCCCCGGCGACAGCGCACAGAUGCCGGACAUGUGCGCUCAGGGAAAUGAAAAACCGCGAGUCAUUGCUUCUCGGCCUAAAAGAACAGCGCUCCUUUUGUCCCCUCGACCUGGUAUCCGAGCAGUUUGACAAUGUGCUGCGGGCGACAGGAUUAAUCAAGGGCUGCAAGGAUCGAGCACGAUUAGCUGGUAUUUUGUAUCGAAACCCGACACUUCGGAAACUGCAGUCUUUGCAGAAGACUGAGAGGGAUGUCGGGUUGCAAGGUCCGGCGGCACAGUCUUGGGAGAUGUCGCUUGCGAUGACUCUGCGAGACUGUACGAUGUUUGUCAGGAUCCCCCACGACGAAAAGUCGCCCGUGCAAAUCCGCCUUGGUGACCUCGAUCUCAAGACAGGCGCCGGCGGAAAAGCCGAUUACUGGCGAGACCUGGAGGCCCAGUUAAUUGAAGAAGGCUGGUAUCAGGGUAUUAAUAACACCCAAGCUCUAAGUGAAUGUGCCUUGGGCAGCCCGCGAAGAAUCUCUUAG